GAAAGUUUCAGUUCUCUUGGAGGUGCUGGAUAGGGCUUAAAGAUGAACUGGCAAAAAAAACACAGAAGGAUGUGAAAGUGUGGACGCAGCGGGGCGAAUGUGGCUGGAACCCGUGGAGGAACAGAAAAAGGGAACUGCAGUGAGGGUCUUUUGGCAAGUUCUGGAUCACAGAAGGAGCAGCGCCUGGCCAAAAUGAAAGUUUGAGGCGAGGUCAUCUGGGAUAUUGGGGCACCCAGUGAAAACAAGACUGAGAAACCUCGUAUUUCGGACUCUUCAGGACCAAAAAAGGAUUUCCAGAAAGAGGCGGAGCCAUGCAACUUAUUUAUAGGAAAAGUGAAGUUUCUCCACUUGGUAAGGGACACAUUGCAAUGAAUAUUUAUAAUUGGGGGGGAUAAAUACCCCAUGGCAAAGUUCCCUGUGAGCUGCAGGACCAGGAGAGAUCCGCUGUGAGUCUGAGCUGAUAAAGAAUUCCGUCUUUCUGAUACCUCCAGUUCCAUCAGGGAGUUCACCCCGGCUGAUUUCGUGUCCCACCCUGGUCCCUGUGGCCUCUCCCUGCCAUGGCCCCCCUGGCUCAGACCCUGGCACUGCUGGCAAUGGCCGUGGCCACCACAGCCGCCGAGGCGGUGACGCUGGACAUGGCCCAGGACUCCUUUGAUGACCAGUACCGGGACUGUGGCCCUGCCAUGAAGGCGGCAUUGCCGACCCUCAAUAUCUCUGAGUUCCAGCAGAACAAGAAGUUUGCCGAGGUUUGGGUAAAGGCUGCAGCCGAGUGGCAGAGGCGGAGGCCCCCUGUGUCCCCUCUGUCCCCCGACCAGGCCACUGCCCUCAUGGCCUACACGAUGGAUGACCUCUACAAGGAGUUCAACGAGGCCGUGCGUGCAGCCGGGUGCUCCCGCCAGGAAUACCGGGACAACUUCCACUUCAAAACGCUGCAUUUCCUGCUGACCCAGGCAGUGGGGAGGCUGAAGAACACUCGGGGAUCAGAGUGUCACUUUGUGUACCGGGGUGUGCAUGGGGUCCGGUUCAAGGCAGAGCGCGGUGACAUCGUCCGGUUCGGUCAAUUCACGUCAGCGUCACAGAGUGCAACAGCUGCCAAACAAUUCGGGACAGACGCGUUGUUCCUUGUGGAGACUUGCCAAGGCGCCGAAAUCCGGAAUUUCUCCUACUAUCCUCACGAGAAGGAGGUGCUGAUCCCACCCUUUGAGACCUUUGAGGUCGUCAAUGUCAGCCAGGAAGGAGACAAGGCGAGGAUCCAGCUCCACUCCCGCGGGACCUUCAGCAAAUACAACUGCGAGUGGCUGCAAGGUGACCCUCAGGUGGGAGCAUCCCCAGGGCUUCCUUCCACCUCGGAGGACUCCUCCUGGCCACCACAGCCCUGGCAGUGGCCACUGGGAGCCUCUGAGACACGAGACCACCAAGGUCACUGAGGUAACUGUGGUCCCUGUGGCAACCAUGGCCACCAUGGCACCAAGGUCACUGUAGUCACUGUGGCCAGUCUCAUCACCAAGACCACCAGGACCUCCAGAGAAAUGAGGCCACCAAGGCUGCCAAGGCUACCACAGCCACUGUGGCCACCUUGGCAGCUACUGCCACCAUGAGGUCACUGGGGCCACCACUGUCACUGUGGCACUGUGGCCACCACAGCCACUCUGGCCACCAUGGCCACAAAAAUCACCAUGGCCACUGUGGCCACCAUGAUAACCUAGAAAUCCCACAGCCACAAGGCUACCACACCCACCAUGGCUACCAACACCAUUUUGCAAAGCAAUUGUAUUAAAUAAUUCAAUCAAAAUAAUUCCAUUCAAUAAAUCUGACAAAAACCA